AUGGUGCGAUUUAACCAGGCCCUCGUUGGCCUUUUGCUCUCUUCCACUGGCCUUGUAGCUGCCGCCGAAGAGCCUUGCGGCCAAGUUGCUGAGGCCCAGCGGAAGCAGAAGGCGGAAAACCCAAAUGCCAAAAAUUACACUGUCUCUGCGGAGCUUGCCCACGCCUGUCUGACCUCAGUUCCGUUCAAGUCAAGCGACUCCUUGCAAUUGAUUGACGGAUUGCAGUAUUUCUGGGACUGGCAAACUACCAAGGACUUUUUAAAGGACCCUCCAAAGGGAUAUGCCGUGCCAGGCACCGAUCUCGAGGGAGGUCUUGCAAAGAUCCGCGAGAAGGCUGCUAGCAACGCCUACAAGAACGAAUUCGAAUUCCAGUUCGAGUUGGAUGCUCUUGUCAGGACCGUACACGAUGGCCACUUCAACCUCGCGAUGGAUCUCAUCGCUACCUUUGCCUUCACUCGUUCUGAGCUUGGCUCACUCGUGUCUCUCUCUGACAAUGGAAAGAACUUCCCUAAGAUCUACGCUCUGAAGGACGUCCAAGGUGGAUCGGCCAAUGCAUCUGCCAUCAAGACCAUUGAUGACCAGGACGCCGCAGAAUGGUUGAAGAAGUUUUCCUUCAGCGGAUUCUUCCAGGACCCUGAUGCCCUUUACAACGGCAUGCUUUUCAACCUCCCACGCAGCAAAGUUAGCGGUACUGGUGGAUUCCUCACUAGCCGUGGCCUCUACACCGGAAAUAAGAUCUCGGUUGGCUACGAGAACGGAGCUAAGAAGGAGUUUGCAAACACUGCUACCUUCACUGCCGAUUUCGCUGGAGUCAAGGACGGCGACUCAUUCUACAACAAAUUCUGCAGUGGCAAACAGACUGCCGCAUCUUUGUUGCCAUUGAAGGAAACCAUGGAGAAAAACAACCGCUUCCUUACUGCAAGCCCAAUCUCCCAGCCAUCUACCUUCAUGGCCUCACGCUCGUUACAGGAGGUAAAGCCAAUCCAGGAAUCUGCAGAUGGUUCCGUGGCCGGCUUUUUCCUCGAGGGCAAGGAUUCCCAUAUCGCUGUCCUCCAUCUUAGGUCUUUCGUCGGCGGUGCCGAUAGCAAUGAUCCUCUGUGGGACUACAGUUACACGAUCAGCAAAUUUUUGGCAGACUGCAGGAGAACCAGGAAGCAGAAGCUUAUCAUUGACGUCAGUGGUAACAGAGGUGGUACUAUUUUCCUCGGAUACGACGCAUUCAAACAGCUACUUCCAAGAGGAAGGGUAGAGACUCCUUUCAACCUCCGUGCCAUUGAACAGUUCGACAUCACUGGUACCAAGGUCAACUACCUCCUUAACCACCCCCGUGCACCAAAGGCUCAUGAGGCGGAAGAGCAAAGAGACGACAUCUUCGACAUCAACUCCUACGUUGACCCCAAUGGCCGCAAAUACCGAUCCUGGAGUUCCUACUUCGGACCAGAGAGGGUGCCAAAUGGCAACUUCAGCCGCCCCGCCAUCUGGGAUUUCAACAACAUCCCCAUGUCCCUUAAGGCCGGUGGUCUCGUUGUCUCUGGAUACGGCAACCGCACCCGCGUUGCCCCCCAGGCAUUCAGAAAGGAGGAUAUGGUUAUCGUCUCUGACGGAAUCUGCGCAUCUACCUGUGCCAUUUUCUCCGAUUUGAUGACCCGUAACGGCAUGAAAUUCAUCACUACCGGUGGUCAGCCUCGCGCCGGCCCCAUGCAGACCGUUGGAGGUGUCAAGGGUACUCAAGUCCUGACCUUCCGAGAGCUCUGGAACGUUGCCGAGCUGAUCUUCCACAAAUAUUCCACUCCAGAGGAACAACGCAAGUUGGAGAACACCCGUCUUGGCCAAAUGGUUACCAAGGGUAAAUACGUUCUAGGACGACUUAUUAACGACGGUGCUGGUGGUCGUGUUAACUACCGCAAUGCCGUUUUCACCGAGGACAAGAACCGAGUUCCCCGACAGUUUGUGUAUGAGAAAUCUCACUGCAGAAUGUUCAUUACCAAGGAGGCCCUGCUCGAUACCAAGGCCUGGUGGGGAGCUGUCGCAAACUCCUGGUGGGGUGACAAGGGCAAGUGUCUGGAGGGCUCGACCUAG